GCAGUGUAUGUUAAUGACAUCAGCUGACAGGAAGUACACAUGGACCCAAGCUGUUGCCUAGCAACGCAAUUCCGUUGCAAUUCCGUCAAAAUGCGCUAAAACGGAGCGUUUCAGACAGAUGGUAAAUACAUGCAUAUUCAGACCAAUAGUAUGAGGAAAAUAAAGUUUUUUUUGAACAUUACAGCAUGUAAACAUGUUAUAGUAGAAACAAAAUACAAGUAUGAACCUGAAAAUGAGCAUGAUAUGGGACCUUUAAAGACCCUUUAUAAGUGGUGAUUUAGUGGAAAGUGAUACAGGUUUUGCAUUCUGUGAUAUUAAAAAGAAAAAAAUGUUUAUGGUGCAGAACAUGUGACAAAUGAGACAGACUGGGCACUAUGACCCAGCAGAUAGCCCCACUCUUCAUAGAGAGAAUGAGAGAGAGAGAGAGAGAGAGAGAGAGAGAGAGAGAGAGAAAAAAAACAAGGCUGUGAUCAGUGGUGCUUGUUUGAUGUCAGAGUCUGUAUAAAACUGAGACUUUGGGGUUGGCUCACUCAUUCAACACACAGGGGGGCCAAGAGGAGACACACAGCUCUGGAGAGAAAACUUCUGCCCUAUAUGCGGAUUAUUAUCUGUGACAUCCUCCCAGAUGUUGGGGUUGGAACAUCAGGACGCACUGCUCAUCAUCAUCAUCAUUCACAUUUACGCAGAAGCCCCUUUUUUCUUUUUCUCUCCUGUAUGUUGUGUGCAGAGAAGUUUUCUUUUAUGGCUGCAAAAUGGAUUGGAUAUUUGCUUCUUCCGCAGUUUGGCAUCUGCACAUUAAAACCAUGAGGAAUCCAUUUUUUGUUUAUGUUUUCAGACUUGAUUCUAUUUAUCUGACCGGAUGGCACGGAGAAGGAUGGCACCUUAGACAUCUCAGAGGACGACCAUAAAAAAUAUGAGAAAAAAAAGUGACUAAAAAAAAAAGUUAUGGAGCGCUCCGAGCCAACUCAGCCAGUGAACACCACAAACGACAGUUUUAUUCUAACAGAUGCAUCAUCCAUCACUGUGGAUGCACCAGAGAGUCUCGCCUAUCAGAUCAGUCUUGCAUCUCUUCUCUCUAUCAUCACCCUCGCCACCACUUUAUCCAACGCCUUCGUCAUUGCAACCAUCUCCCAGUCGAAGAAGCUGCAAACUCCUGCAAACUUCCUCAUCGCCUCCUUAGCAGUCACUGACAUGCUUGUAUCCAUCCUGGUGAUGCCCAUCUGCGUCCUGUACACCGUCAUCCACACCUGGACGCUUGGGCAAGUCGUGUGCGACAUCUGGCUCUCCUCGGACAUCACGUGUUGCACCGCGUCCAUACUGCACCUGUGCGUAAUCGCUUUGGAUAGAUACUGGGCCAUUACAGAUGCGGUGGAGUACUCCAAGAAGCGCACACCUGGACGCGCAGCAGGCAUGGUGAGCACAGCCUGGGUGAUCGCCAUCUCCAUUUCCUUGCCACCUCUCUUCUGGAGGCAGGUGAAGGCAGAAGAGUUGACCAGCUGCAGCGUGAACACGGAUCAUAUCUUCUACACCAUCUACUCCACUUUUGGAGCUUUCUACAUCCCCACUUUGCUGCUCAUUGUGCUCUACGGGCGGAUUUACGUGGAGGCGCGUAAACGCAUCUUGAAGCAGUCUCCAAAAAAGGUUGGUGGGAAGAGAUUAACCUCUGCACACCUGGUGACAAACUCACCUGGAUCCGUGACCUCUUUGCAGUGUGGAAGACACGACACUCCGUCCAGCGACACCGGGUCUUCGACAAGCGAGAAUCAGGUGAAGGUGACGGUGUCCGACGCGCUUUUGGAGAAGAAGCGCAUCUCAGCAGCCAGAGAGAGAAAAGCCACCAAGACUUUGGGGAUAAUCCUGGGCGCUUAUAUCGUUUGCUGGCUGCCGUUUUUCAUUUACACGCUGGUGGUGGCAACGUGCGAGUCGUGUUUUAACCCAGAGUUGUUUGACUUUUUCACCUGGUUAGGAUACCUGAACUCUCUCAUCAACCCCAUCAUUUACACCAUGUCCAAUGAAGACUUUAAGAAAGCUUUCCAUAAACUUGUGCGCUUCAGAUGCUGCAGGAGGUGAUACGAUUCAGUCUGACUUAGGUCUCUAAUAUGAUUUAUUUAUUUAUGUAUUUAUUUUUUGGGACAUGAAGUUCUAAAAAUGUACGAGAAUAUAGAGAAUAGUAAAGAAUGCCAUAAGGAAUAUAAUUUCUGGGACUCAGAGAUUAUAAAAUGUGCAUGCAAAAUUAAAAAAGCAAACAUCCAUCUUUAGUCAUUUGGUCCAGAUUUAAAAUGCCAGAUUUUAUUAAAGAAAUAAAGAAAAAAUGUUCCACAUAAUUCCCAUAUAUUUGAAGCCUUAAUCAAGGCAAGGCAAAAUUCUUUAAAAAGAUUAAAACAAGAUUUAAUUUUGAGAGAGAAAUCCUCAUAAAUUCACUAAAAUGUGCCAUAUACAGUAUACAAGCUCUUCUUGAUGAGUACAUUUGCUGUGUUGUAGGAUUAAUUCAGUGAUGGGUUGUAUGGAUUCCUGUUUGGAUGGUACACUAUACAUGAAAUCAAUGCACAGAGCAUUAUUCCCUUGCUUACACCCUGGUGGUGGCCACAUGUGACUCAUGUUUUAACCCUGAGCUGUUUGACUUUUUCACCUGGUUGAGAUACCUGAAGUCUCUCAUCAACCCCAUUAUUUACACCAUGUCCAAUGAAGACUUUAAGAAAGCUUUCCAUAAACUUGUGCGCUUCAGAUGCUGCAGGUCGUGAUACGAUUGUUCCUUCAGUCUCCAAUAUGAUUUAUUUAUGUAUUUAUUUUUUGGAUACGAAGUUCUAAAAAUGUACGAGAAUAGUAAGAAAUUAUAUUAUAUAUUAUUUUAUAUAUUAUAAAAUAUAAAUACAAUAUAUUAUUUAUUAUUUAUUAUAAUUAUAUUAUAAUUUAUAUAUUAUAAAUUAUAAUAAAGAAUAUAAUUUCUGGGACUCAGAGAUUAUAAAAUGUGCAUGCAAAAUAAUAAAAAAAAAACAUCCAUCUUUAGUCAUUUGGUCCAGAUUUAAAAUGCCAGAUUUUAUUAAAGAAAUAAAGAAAAAAUGUUCCACAUAAUUCCCAUGGAUUUGAAGCCAAAAUCAAGGCAAGGCAAAAUUCUUUAAAAAGCUUAUUUUAAUUAAAAAACAAGAUUUAAUUUUGAGAGAGACAUCCUCAUAAAUUCACUAAAAUGUGCCAUAUACAGUGUACAAGCUCCUCUUGAUGAGCACAUUUGCUGUGUUGUAGGAUAAAUUCAGUGAUGGGUUGUAUGGAUUCCUGUUUGGAUGGUACACUAUACAUGAAAUCAAUGCACAGAGCAUUAUUCCCUGGCUGACCCAUUAAUGCUAAUACGCAGCAGAGAUCAUGAACUUCUGGCAUAUGUUAAAAUAUAUGUUUAAAAAAGGAACCUUAUGUGUACGCAUAUAGUAGUUUUAUUUUGAAAACUACAUCAACAAUAUGUUUAUGUAUUCUGAGAAAUGCUAUAUUUUUAUUAUGGUCGUGGGCUGCUGCCCUGUAUGGUUGUCUUUUGUUAUUCAGAAAGGCCCAUGCAGUUGGAAAAAAAGAGAAAAAAUUCAUAUCAGUGUCAAACAAAAGAAACUGUAGCUGAUAUUUACCCAGCAGAGCUGAAAGCUGAUCAUAUGUUCAAUUUUGCUGAACAAACACCACCUUGUUUUUUACCGUGUGUGGGGUGGGUCUGUUUGCUGCUACAUUAAAUCUGUAUCUACAGUAUGUUAUGUUCAUGUGUGAAAUGGUUUGCCAUCUCCCGGCUAUAGAGUCUGGCCUGCAGAGCUAUACAGAAAUAAUGCUGAGGAUUUGUCAGCAUUAUGUGAAAAAUGUUGUUCUUGGAAUUUAUCUGAGAUGCUGUGCAAUAAAGGUUAAAACUUUCUUCCAAA